AUGCGGGGGUUCUUGAAGGUUGCUGGCGCAGCAUGUCUGCUGGGCCAGCUCGCGGACGCGGCUGUCAAGAUCAACUUUGACCAAGACCAGUCCAUCAAGGAUGGUGCGAGCACAAUAGCCUUCGGCUUGUUGAAGUUCUACACAGGAAACAACACUGGCGACACACCAGGCAACUUACCAGAUCCGUACUUCUGGUGGGAGGCUGGAGCGAUGUUCGGCACAAUGGUGGAUUACUGGCGCCUGACGGGAGACGAUUCAUACAACGCAGUAACAACACAAGCGCUACUUCAUCAGGCAGGCGAUGACGCCGACUUCAUGCCGAGAAACCAGACGAGGACGGAAGGAAAUGACGACCAAGGAUUCUGGGCUAUGGCGGCAAUGAGCGCGGCGGAGAACAACUUCCCGAACCCUCCAUCAGACAAGCCUCAAUGGUUGGCGCUGGCUCAGGCUACCUUCAAUCAAUAUGUUAGCCGCUGGGAUACGGCGACGUGUGGUGGUGGGUUACGGUGGCAGAUCUUCACGUUCAACAACGGUUUCAACUAUAAGAACUCGAUUUCGAACGGAUGCUUUUUCAACAUUGCAGCUCGACUAGCACGAUUUACCGGCAACCAGACGUACGCGGACUGGGCGGAGAAGAUUUGGGAUUGGGAGACGAGCGUCGGCCUGAUCACGCCCGAGUUCAAGAUUUACGAUGGCGCCACGGUCGACAACGGGAUGAACUGCAAGGAUAUCGACACGAUCCAGUGGUCGUACAACGCGGGCAUCUUCCUGCACGGUGCCGCGACGAUGUACAACUUGACCCAGGACAAAAAGUGGUUAACGCGAACCGAGGGCGUGCUGACCGAGGCGACGACGUUGUUCUUCAACCAGACCGCCAUGUUCGAGCAGGCCUGUGAGGCAUUCAAGCUGUGCGACCAGGACCAGCAGAGUUUCAAGGGGUACUUCACGAGGUGGAUGGCCGGAACGGCGCAGGUGGUGCCCUCCCUGUUUGACAAGAUUAUGGGUCUCCUCAGACCCAGCGCCGAACUCGCUAUUGCCGCUUGCAACGGUUCGCCGGCUACAGGCUACAAGGGCCAACCGGGUACGGCGUGCGGAUUUCAAUGGGUGCCCAAAGGCCAGUUCGAUGGCCUGGUCGGUGUGGGCGCGCAGAUGAACGCGCUCGACGCCGCCAUGUACAUGCUCGUGAAGAAGGCGGACACCAAGACGGCGCCGGUGACGGCCGACACGGGCGGCACGUCGGUGGGCAACGCCAACGCCGGCAUGAGCUCGCAGCCCAAGAUUCCUACGUUGCCGCCGAUCGAGACCAAGGAUAAGGUUGCUGCCGGAUUCGCUACGACGGCUAUCACUUUGAGCAUCGUGGCCGGGUGCUUUUUCAUCAUGAAAUGA